AUGUGGAGGCCGUCCAUCUCCCGUGUUCUAUUUCGACCAUCGUUCAGAAAAAACCUGCGACUACUAUGCUGCCCAUACAAAAAGACGUCUCGAUGGGCGCAGAGCCAUUGCCCAUCCCCAUCUCCCAUCUCUCCACCCCAAUCCGCCAUUUUACAUACAUAACAGACUCGGAGCUCGGUCACGGCGCUCCCUUAUCCAUCACACACCCCUUGCUCCCUGACUGCGAUCAUCUCAAACAACCCCCUUCGUCUCCUAUUUCUUCUACAGGGAGCGGCAGUAGUUCAGACGCAGAAGAUGUAUGGACAUGCACUUGCACGUCAUAUUAUGAAUCAGAAAAACAAACGUACUUAUGCAGUGCCGAAUGCGGCGAUUUGUGUGACUGCGUCGCCCAAUUUGGCAACUUUUACUCCUCCACCAAUCCCCAGACACUAAAGCUUGAUGCCCUGCCAGACAACUGGCCAUUGGUUGAAUGCUCCCCGUCGUGUUUAUGCGGAUUGUCAUGUUCUAAUCGCGUCACACAACAGGGUGUGCGGACCCCGUUAACUAUCCGUCCGACACCUCCGAAGGGAUACGGCCUCUUUUACACACCUUCAACUCCACAGUUCCUCCCUAGAGGAGCAUUUAUAUCGCUUUAUGCGGGGGAGUAUAUUCUUCCGUCUGAAAUCCGUUCUCGCUGGUCACCACGCUCCACAACAGAUCUUGCUUCUGAUAAAGAGGGAUACGGAGAAGAAGGACAAGGGAACUACGUUCUCUCCCUGCGACUACCUGAUCAGACAAUACAUAUCGACCCGAGAUGGAAAGGAAAUGUUGGCAGAUUCUUGAACCAUUCUUGUGGAGCGAAUUGCGUGGUACACUAUGUCAAAUGGGGCAGAGGGCGAGGGUGGCCUAGAGCUGCCAUUUUUACGAAUAGAGAUAUUCAUCCCGAAGAGGAACUGACAUUCGACUACGCCAACGCUUCCGGGGAGCCACAACGGGCCAUACAGUUGAUACAAGAGUCAAAAACAAAAGAAGAUACCAAAGGCAGGACGAGAUGUCUUUGUGGUGCUGAGCAAUGUAGAGGUUGGAUACCAUUUGACGAAACUUUAUGACUUAACGCAAUUUGUUGUACUUCUUCUGCCGGGGUUGGCUGGCGAUGCAUCGCUCAAGGCUUGCUCAACG